CCAAUUUCCGUACGAGAUCCAAAUUUCCGUACGGGAUCCAGUUUCCGUACGAGAUACUGUCAAAGCCUCAAAGCCUACGCCCUCUGCUACUGCUACUGCUACAAGCUAAGGUGUUCAGUGUUCCGUGGCAAUGGCGCCCACGACUACAUCAGCAUUGAACCUGCGGAGCGACUCCGCGCCGUCAAAGUCAGGAGGAGCAGGAGCAGCGCUUGUGCGCGUUCAAUCGUUCGGCAAGACGAGACCAUUGUCCGCACGGGGGAGUGCAGACUCGCAGUAUGACAACCCCUUUUUCAUCCCAACAGACGCAAGCGACGACGUCCGAAGGAGAUGGAGGAGGUACACAUUGACUAUGAAUGCGGCAAGGCGCUUUCGCUACGUCAAGGAGUUGGAUCCAGAAAAAAAGGCAUCAUUGAAAGAGGAGGAGGAGGAGGAGGAGGGGGAGGAGGAAGAGGAGGAGGAGGAGGAGGAAGAUGAGGAGGAGGAGGAGGAAGAGGAGGAGGAGAAGGAGGAGAAGGAGGAGGAGGAGGAGGAAGAGGAGGAAGAGGAGGAGAAACCAGAUAUGGGAAAAGGGAGGACCUACUGGCCCCUGAUUUUCGUUCUUAAGCCACCCCGGGCCAGACCCCACUAGCAAAGCCGAUUGGAGUAGAUGUGCUUUAUGCAGAGAGCUGAAAAGCAGAUGAAUAGCUAUUUUUCUGCCCCUUUCUGCACAAACGCGUCCAAAUUCAGGCGUUCAAUCAACUUGAAUACAAUCCUUUCUGCUACCCCCUUCUUCCCUCGAAUACAACGUACGGUCAGCGUACGGUCAUUAUAGCUGUAUUGGGGCUACCUUUCCGUCUAAAUAGAGCUAUAAUGACCGUACGUUGUAUUCGGGGGAAGAAGGGUGGUGGGAAGUUGGGAACGAGUCCCCGGCGGCGCUUGACAAACUGGACACACAACUCUUACAAUGUUACAGUAUGGGACUUUUUUUUUUUUUUUUUUCGGACUUUAACAAAUCUAAGGACACCUA